AUGUCGCAGCCCUAUUAUCCUGCAAAACCGCAGGCUUAUUACCCUGGUCCUGAUACCCGACUUUCGUCCAGAGAAUCAUAUCCAACAUUUCUCUCUGUCGGCGAAUCUCUGCAACUCCAACUCCAGUGGGCGUGGUGUGGGCUAUACGAUGCUUUUAGAUGGAAUGUCGUCUUUAGAACUGUGACUAGCGACCCAGAAAUCCGAGCCAACGUCUACAAAUCCUUCUUGCUCAACUCCCUCUCGGUCGUAUCGAUAUAUACAUUCGAACUUCUCCUUGAACCUCUAGUCCGGAACCAAGAGCGGUGGCUACACCGAAACAUUGGAUGGUUCUACCACGUUUUGUGGUUGCUCCCCGUUCUGGGUGUCUCUUUCUAUCUGAACAGUACCUGGUGCGGAAUCAUAGCCAAACGCACGUACGCUCUGAACUAUGGAGGGCGAGGUGCUGCAGCCCAACCUACGGGGUAUGCUGGGAUGCUAAAAGCGCUGGCAACUUCUGCGUAUAGAAUUGUCAUGGUCUUCACCUCGUUGCUUGUCUCGUUCGGAUUGGGAAUCAUACCCUAUGUUGGUCCCUUUGCCGGUUUCGUGUUUUUCUGCUGGAUAGAUGCGUAUUAUUGCUUCGAGUUCAUUUGGAUUUCGCGUGGAAUGUCCCUGGCUAGACGUGUGCGCCAUUUAGAAGAACGUUGGGCUUAUUACCUUGCUUUCGGUCUCCCUGCAACGGCAAUCUGCAUGUUAGGACGGGGGCUCGCUAGUGCCGCUCUCUUUGCGCUCGUAUACCCCGCCUACAUCAUUCUCGCAAUGCACAGUAACCCUCGCCCUCACGACCCCUACAACCCACUCCCUCCGUCCACCAACGCUCCCGACACAAUCCGCCACCCAUCCCCUUUCAUCCCAAUCCGCGUCCCCGUUUUCGCGCUUGUUAUUUGGCUGAACGAUAAUAUCGUGCGGAUACUUAGCGUUGGUGGUGGACGGCCUGCUGGAAGUUCGAGUACUGGUGGUGGUGUCCCGGGGAGGAGUAGAGCGUUUAGCGACGCUGCUGAGAGUGUGGAAGAGGGAGAGGCACAUGAACUCGGCAAGAUUGGGAAGGACGCCCCUCCAUCAUUGCCUACAAAGUCUACGAGACAACGAGUUACGCUUUCGAGGAGGAAAGUGGAUUGA